AAGUAUAUAAUACUUAUAAAAAUGAACACAUGCUCAGACUUGUGGUCGCUGUUGCUCUGUAGCCAUGGCAACGUGAACAAUUCAGUUCUCACUUUUGACACAAACUGUGACUUUUCCUACUGAGGAACUUCAAAUUAAAGUGUUUUACGUUUGAUUUUCCGAUUUUAAAUAAUGAUCGAACAGAGCAGCUCUCUGCUGAAGUACGACAAACCAGUUCUGGUCAACAGAAGUCCAGGCACAAAAUCACCGAAGGGCCGGUCAUUGAGAGUGAGCUACCAGCAGUCUCUGGACUCAAACCCUGUUCCUCCGCCUCCUAAACUCAAGUCUGACCCCAGUGAGAGCAGCAGACAGGAGAACGACAACAUCCUCAACAGUAUUUUACCACCAAGGGUGUGGACCAAGGAGAACCAAACCUGGGUGCAGCAGGUCUCCAACGCCCCCUGUACCAGAAUCGAUGUAGUGCGUCUGGAGGAACUCCUGGACAGAAAGCUGCAGGAGGAGCAGGCCAGAGAAACGGGCAUCUGCCCCGUGCGCCGAGAGCUCUACUCCCAGUGCUUCGAUGAGCUCAUCCGACAGGUGACCAUCAACUGCGCGGAGAGGGGUCUGCUGCUGCUGAGGGUCCGAGACGAGAUUCACAUGACGAUCGCCGCCUACCAGACGCUGUACGAAAGCAGCGUGGCGUUCGGGAUGAGGAAAGCUCUGCAGGCCGAGGAGAGAAAAGCUGACGUGGAGAGAAGCAUCCCAGAUCUGCUGAAUGAGAUCGAAGACCUGAAGAAACAGGUGAGUGAACAGAAGGUCAGGUGUGAGGCCACGGAGAAGAACGAAAACAACAAACGACAGACGGAGGAGAAGAGACAUUUGGAGGAAAUACAGUUCCUGAAGUUCACCAACCAGGAGCUCAAGACACAACUGGAAUUGAUCAUCACACAACAGAAGUGAUCGAUACACGAGUCAUCUGUAUUUAUUUGAGCUGAAAACAUGAAAAAAUAAAGAAAAAUCAAGAUGUUA